GAGGAAACAGGAGUGUGUGAGGGAGAGAGAGAGGGAGGGAGAGAGAGAGGAAGCGACGCGGAUGACACGCACACACACACCCUCUGUGUUUCUCACAUUCGGAGGAGAGGAGGACAGAGGAGGAGAAGAGACAGAGGAGAGGAGGAGAAGAAGAAGAGGAGGAGAGAGGGAAGAAAGCGAAAGAGAGAGAGAGAGAUGCCCGCUGGACGGAUGGAUUUUAAUUUCCCUGAGCUGAACGAGCCUCUGUAAAACAACAUGGGCUGCAUCGGAUCCCGGACGAUCACUGUGGAUGCGGUUCCGGUCAGGAAAGAUGGAGAUCAGCAUGGCAAUGCCGAGUUUUCCUGGGAAGGAACCAAUUCGUCCAUGGAGGACACUACUUCGAUCCUGCCCCAGCUCAACAGGAAGUCCAACAACAGCUACGGGAUCGGUGCUCUGGCUAAGUCCUCUCUGACAGGUGUGUCAGGCGUGAGUCGCUCCAUGAAGGACAAAGUGACCAAGCCCACCGCCAUGGCUCAGGGCCGCGUCGCCCACAUGAUCGAGUGGCAGAGCUGGGGCAAACCAACCGCGGGCCCGCUGGGGGGCACGGGACACACCAACCUGCAGAGGGAAAAGGCGAGGAGGUUGGAGAGCGACAUGUACAGCGACCUCAGCGACGGCGAGAAGGAGGCUCGCUUUGCUGCAGGCAUCAUGCAGCAGUUUGCCAUCUCCGAGGCGACCCUGUUCGGAUGGAACUCCAUGGACGGGGAGAGUAUGGGAGCCGGCUCCAACCAGGGCAGCGUGGCUCACCUGAGCGAGGUCAACCAGGAGAGCAUCACCAGCAGAGACCAGGUGCUGCACCACUCCGCUGCAGAUGUCUGGCCUCACACCUACGUCUCACAGGGCCUGUGUUGCCUGUCGUCCUCAGAUGCCUGGGACCCGAUCACCAGCCAGCCCUCGGGCGUGGCCUCCCCCGCCGCGGGCUCGUACAUCAUGGCUGCCGGUGGCAGCAACGGAGUCGGCGGAACGCCCAGCGACGGGUUCGAGGGGUCGGUGGGGAGCUUCAUCCAGCAGCACCAGGCCCAACUGGCCCUGCAGCAGCACAGUCAGCUCCAGCACCUGCAGCAGCUCCACCACUACCAGCAGCAGAUCCUGCAGUACCAACAGCAACAGACGAUGGAGCACAGGCUACACAGCGGCUCCCCUUCCCUCCAGGCCACGCCCAACAGCACCAUCCACAGCCUCUGCCCCCCCACCCACCCGCGCCUCGCCGACCUGUGGGGGGCGGCGCAGGUGGAGCCGCACCAGGUGGAGAUGGCUGGGCAGCUGAGUGGACUGAUGGCUGAACUGGUCGGAGGACUGGUGGAGACGGUCGGGGAGGAGCCCGAGCUGGAGUCUGAAGACUUCAUGGAGCAGCACGAGGAAGAGGAAGAGGAGGAGCUGACGAAGGUAGAAGGGGUCACAUUAACCUUAGAGCCGGCGUCGUACUCUCUGAGCCCGUCCCCGCUGAGGGAAGACGUCCCCUCGGCCAGAGGUUCGAGCCCCGGACUGUCGGCACAGAGCGUCGAGUUCAUGAAGCCGAGGAAACCAUUCGAGGUCACGCCCUGCGUCGUCCAAUCCCUGGAGGAGAAGGACGAAGAGGCGGAGGAGGGCUCUGUCGUGUUUGUUGCGACCAACUGAAUCAUUUGGUCACAAACGGACAAGAACAGGAAAUAAAUAGUCCAAUAAUCAAUCAAUCAAGCUAUUAUCCCGAACCCCUUCCCAACUAUUUACCCACUUUGAGUCAGAGCAACUGGGAGAAGACUUUUUUCAGAUGGAAACGUUGGAUGUAAUGUAAACAGACUUUGACGCCAAGAAGCCCCAAAGGUCAACGAGGGAAAUGUGGAAUAUAACAAUAUGAGACGAUGAACUAAUAAACUCUGUGGCAGGCGACGAACUAAAAUUCAGUGACUGCUGAACGACGCCGUGCGAGGAGGAGAUCGAUUCUCGGUUCGACCACCGGGAUCAAAAGCCGAACGGGCGGAUGUGAAAUCCUCAAAAAAAAGACAACGUCGGACCAGAAGAAGAAAGGUUCUAGUUUAAAAACAAUUCAGUGCAAUACAACCAACACGGACACGACCAGACGUUGGGUCAAACAGUUUUUUGCAAAUCACUCGGAGUGCGGCAGAAGUAUGUGUGUGUGUGUGUGAUGUGAGAAAACCCUGCAGGAGAAUAAAAUAAACCUGGUCAGGGAGUCGUCGGAUGUUCCACGUGUGCUUUGGUUUGAUUGACAGCUCGUCUGAGCGGCUGUGAUGCCCUGAACCCGGUCGAAUGCGACACUCGGAGCGCGUGGCGGACUGGGC